AUGAUCCUCGGUGUGUCGGGGGUGAAGAAGGAAGCUCCUGCCGAGGUGCAGAUCACCGCCGAGCAGCUGCUGAGAGAAGCCAAGGAGAGGGAGCUGGAACUUCUGCCGCCCAAGCAGGAGAUUACCGACAAGGAGGAGCUCAACGACUCCAAGCUGAGGAAGAGGAAGAGGAUGGACGCCGGCGGCAGCGGCACGGGGCCCGGUGGUUGGAAACAACGCUUUAUUAACGAUUUAUGGACAUAUUUUAAAUAUAACCAAGCAGAAAGAAAGACUGAAUGUAUCGUGGAGGGAGACAGCAAUAAAUGUGGCCACAAACUCAGGGGAAAGAACACCACCAACCUCAAGCGGCACCUGAAGACUCGCCACACGGAUAUUUUUUCGAAGAUCCUGGAGACCAGAACUCCUAAAGAGAAACCUGGUGUUCCUAAGAGCGACAGGGCACAGUCAUCUAUCCUAGCAGCCUUCGCCGCACAAUCCAAACAUAAGCCAGACUCGCUGGAACAACGUGCCAAAGAACAGGCGAUCGCUCUUUGGAUUGGACGUACUGGUCUCCCUGCUUGCACAGUUGAGGAUGAAGAUUUCAUCCUCAUGAUGGAGACCUUUGAUAAGAGGCUGACCAUACCCUGA